AUGUAAUUAAAUGAGAAAAAUACAGCUUUAGUUUCAAGUAACCAAUUCUCUCUUCCUUUUUUGUUUGUCCCACAGAUUCUUCUACUUCUCUCAACUUUUUCCCUUAUUCAUUCGCCACCAUCUCCCCCUCCCCCCAUCGCCAACUUUCCCUUUCACCUUCUUUCUGCUCUCUCUCUCUCGUUUCUGAGUGUUCUGCAAAUUCACAGAUGCCAGCAAAAGGACGCAUGUCAGGCGUUACACCGAAAGACCCGCGCCAAGCUGUCUGCUCAUGCAUCACAGUCUUUCUCCUCCUAAUCGGUGUAACAGCGCUCACCCUUUGGCUAGUCUACCGCCCCCACAAGCCGCAGUUCAAGGUCGUCGGCGCCGCCAUCUACGAGAUUAACACCUCCGCACCCCCGCUCAUCUCCAUCACCAUGCAGUUCACACUUGUCACGAGAAACCCCAACAAGCGCGUGUCCAUCUACUACGACAGGCUUUCGGCUUUCGUGUCCUACAGAGACCAAGCCAUCACGCCCCAGGUGAUGCUGCCUCCGCUGUAUCACAAGAGGCACAGCACCGUCGUAGUUUCUCCGUUGGUCGGCGGCGGGGCCGUUCCGAUGUCGGUGGAGGUGGCGAAUGGGCUGGUGGAGGAUGAGGCGUAUGGGGUGGUGGGAUUGAGGCUUGUUUUGUUGGGGAGGCUGAGGUGGAAGGCUGGCGCUAUAAGGACAGGGCAUUAUGGGGUUUAUGUCAAAUGUGAUGUCUUGGUGGGCUUGAAGAAGGGUUUUGUCGGUCAGGUGCCGUUGCUUGGAUCUCCCGGCUGCAAAGUGGAUAUUUGAAGAUCAAUUAUAUAUAUAUGUUAUAGCUUGGGCUUUUAAUUUUCUUCUUCUUUUUUUUUUGGUUUCUCUUUUCUUUUAAUUUUCUUCUAUGUAUGUAUGAAGCGUAGUAGAAGCUUUCUACUU